AUGUCUACAACGCAAUCCACAAUCGUCCUGCCGCCAGAGGCACAUGGCGAGGAUCUCUGGUCCUCCCAGUCUCUAUCCGGCGCGACACCUCUCGAGUCUCUCCCCAGCCCAGGCGACCAGUCUCUUAGCGAACAGCCGUUAUUCCCAUGCACGCCCAUCCGACCUCUAGACACUGCCAUCGAUAAUGCCACGGCCAACGGCUCAUCGCCCGCCGCUGGCCUCUUUGAGGAGGGAGGCAGCCCGACGCAUCCCGUUUCGCAGGGCGUUCCGCCCGAGCUUCGCAGCUUCUUGGCGGAAAUCAUCUUCGUCCUCGUUUGCACGGCUGGGCAGGUCAUCCUGUCGCUGACUCUGGGCCAGGUUGUGGUGAACCAGUUCGUCUUUCGGGAAGCGCUGGGAAUAGUCCCGGCCCAGACCCCUUGGCUCGUGGGAUCUUCGACGUUGGCAAGUGGCUUGUCCGUCAUUGUUUUCGGGCCGCUGGCUGAUCUGGCUCCCCCGAAACCACUCAUGGUGGGAGCUUUUGUGUGGGCGGCAGCGUGGAACGCAGUGGCCGCCUCUGCCAUUUCUGCAGAGCUCAAGAUCCUCUUCUUCGUAGCUCGAGCUAUGCAGGGCUUGGCUGGUGGAGUGCUCGUGUCGACUUCCAUGAGCAUUCUUGGACGAGUGUAUAAUCCGGGCAUCCGCAAGACUAGAGUCUUUUCGCUAAUGGCAGCGGGAGCGCCGUUUGGCUUCUGGAUUGGCUGCGUCCAGGGAGGUCUCCUUACUGCCCAUCUCGAUUGGAUAUUCCGCAGCACGGCCAUUUUUCUGGCUGUUUGUGCGCUUGCUGCUUAUUACACGAUACCCAAUAUGCGGCCUGCGGCGGAUAGUAACGCUGCAGCCGUGCCUUCGAUACGGCAGUUUGACUACAUGGGCGCUUUGCUUGCUUCGCUGGGCAGCGGGCUGAUUCUUUUUGGGCUUACGCAGGGUUCGGCGGCACAGUGGAAUCCGUAUACCUAUACUUUGGUCAUUGUUGGUUUCAUUCUCCUUGUCGCGUUUUACUUUGUAGAGCGCCGUGUUGCUCGCCCUCUUAUCCCAAGCGGCAUUUGGAAGACACCUGGGUUCGUUGCAGUGUUGGUAUCCUACGUCUUCGGGUUCGGAGCUUACAGCGGCGCGUGGCAAUUCUACGCCAUUCAGUUUUGGAUACGCUAUCAGGGGGCCACUCCUCUCACGGCAGCAUUAUAUAUUCUUCCUAAUGGCAUUGUGGGCAUUCUCGCAGCUUGGAUCGUCUCAAAGACUCUUCACGUGGUCCCUGGUCACUGGAUAUUUGCCACAAGCAUGAUUUGCUUUGGCCUAGGGCCGGUAUUCUUCCUUCCGCAAACUCCCAACACCUCGUAUUGGGCCUUGUCGAUGCCUGGCGUGGCUUUGGCGACCUUUGGGCCUGAUCUCAGUUUUGCUGCGGCUUCAAUCUUCAUUACUUCGAGCGUGCCCCGGUCCUACCAGGGCGCUGCUGGCAGUCUGUUGGUUACGGCACAGAACUUGACCAUGGCAAUCAUCACCUCUGUCGCAGACUCUAUCGGCAUCAAAGUCGACCAGCUUCCUUCUGGAGAGGUGGGGCUUGAAGGUAUGCGUGCCAUCUGGUGGUUUGGCUUUGCUUCGGCCAUGGUUGGGGCCUUGAUUACCAUUACCAUGGUUCGAAUUCCCAAGGCAGAGGAGAAGGAACAUGUGCAGUAAAGGAGAAGCAGAUGAUGUGCUACGGACCAAGUAGGGAUUUGGACUGAUGGAAUGCGCUAUGUGAGUAUUAGACGAAAUAUUCCAGUUCCCUUUUAAUUGCUUCCAUCAACUAUGUGCAGUUAAAGAGAAGCAGACGAUAUACGACAUAUGUGAGGCUGGUUGCAGACUAAGCAGGGAUAGGAUUGAUGGAUCCCAGAUUGUCAAAGUGCUAGACAAAAUAUUAAAUAAAUUAAUGAAUGAUGUUAAGAAUGCCUUAUAAUCUCCUUUUCCCUUGCCACCUCAAUCUAUACUAAUUUGCUCCUUGACAAUCAUAGUCGCUAUAAUGCACAUUCUUAUUCCACCGAUAGUUGAGGUAAAACGCCCAAUUCACUUUUAAUUCCUUCCGUCAACUCAAAUUUUUCACUCUCCCUCUUUAGAACCCUUUUCCACAUUCAAGUGAGCAUAAUUUUUUACAAGAUUCGCCAAAACGUUGGCGUCUCGAUCCUCUUUCUUCCUGACGAUACUAACCGGCCAAUGGCUUCGUACAGCUUGUGCCAUCCCCUGCCUCUCAUCCCAUUCUCUCUCGUCCAUUUUCAUUGAGUCUUUUAACAGGGCGAUUUCGGGGCGUCUCAUUCGUCCGUAGACGACCCGAAACAAUGCUUCAGCCAAGUAGUGGUUCCGGCGUUGGUUAUACAGGCCUGUUGCAGCUAGAAUGAGCGUGGAUCGCAGUAGUUCAAGCUGGUCCGUGGGCGUUUGAUCAUUUACAGCUUCGACACAAUCCGAGGCAAUGAGCAUCAGUGGUAUGAUGAUGAAUAGGUCCAUGGAGUCGUAUCCGUGGCGGAUAUAGUACAGGCGAACCAGAGUUUGGAGAUAUUUUUUAGCAUCGGCAAUGAGCUCACGUAUGCGAAGCUCUUGUCCCGUUGAAAUUUGCAAUAAUGGCUCGAAUAUGGCAAGUACU